GGAUUAUGACUGAUGUAGCCGUUCCAGCAUCUAGAUGGGCGAUUUGUGAUUUUUGUUUUAUAUAUGUGGUUUACCACGAGAAAGAUUUUAUUCUUAUACUUUUUAUAUGUACUUAUAUUUUAUAACGUUUUUAUUUACUUUUGCAAAAAAAAUAUAUUUGUAUAAAAACGAACUCGUCAUGCCAGCGACAUUAAAAUUAACACAGUCCGUUUAGAGAUUUUCAUAUAGUAUCGCGAACGGGGAAAAAAUUGCAGUUACAGCUAGUAGCGACUUGAAGAGUUAUUUCUUCCAAGAUGCUGCGACGCGAUAUCAGUCAUACUGUAAAGAACAAGUCAUACCUACAAGCUCUUUUUGUACAAGAAUGUCGGAACUAUGGGAAGGCAUACACUAUGGUGCACGAGGAGCCGCCAGGUCCUGUGAUAAAGACAAAUAUCCCGGGUCCACAUUCAAAGAAACUUUUAAAAGAUAUGAUGGAAAUUCAACAAUGUGGAUCAGUGAAUUUAUUUGCGAAUUAUGAAAAAUGUGCGGGGAAUUACUUUGCGGACGCAGAUGGCAAUCUCUUUUUGGAUGUUUACACGCAGAUAUCUUCUUUGCCUCUCGGGUACAACCACCCGGCGCUUUUAAAUGCGUUCCGCUGUGAUAGUGAAGUGAGAGCUUUGGUAAAUCGGCCUGCUCUUGGAGUAUUUCCUGCAGACGACUGGCCUAGAAAAUUGAAAAACGUUUUGCUGUCAGUUGCACCACCAGGCUUGCGGCACGUCAUGACUAUGAUGUGUGGAGCUUGCUCUAAUGAAAAUGCGUUCAAAGCCGCUUUCAUAUUAUAUUGUACAAGAAAACGUGGUGGCAGAACAACAUUUACGGAGGAAGAAAUGAAAACAGCACUUCUCAACAUUCCCCCAGGAGCUCCUGAUUUAUCAAUUAUGUCAUUUAAGGGUUUGAAUAAUAAUGGGGCUUUCCAUGGACGUACAUUAGGAACAUUGUCGACUACAAAGUCGAAAGCUAUUCACAAACUGGACUUCCCAAGCUUUAAAUGGCCAGUUGCUAGAUUCCCAGAAUACAGGUACCCAUUGGAAGCGUGUAUAUGUGAAAAUAGUCACGAAGACAGAGAGUGUCUCGCACAUGUUGAAGCUCAGUUUCAAAAGUGGGAAAAGAUACGGCCCAUCGCUGGUGUAAUCAUUGAACCCAUUCAGGCGGAAGGUGGUGAUAACCAUGCUUCACCGGAGUUCUUCCAAGGGCUGCAACAAAUAUGUAAACGUAGAGGAGCGGCUUUGAUUUUGGAUGAAGUCCAGACUGGAUGUGGACCGACAGGUAAAAUGUGGUGUCACGAACAUUUCAAUUUGCCUUCACCACCAGACAUAGUCACAUUCAGCAAGAAAAUGUUAACUGGAGGAUUUUACUUUAAGCCAGAAUAUCUGCCACCACAACCGUUACGAAUUUUCAAUACGUGGAUGGGAGAUCCAUCAAGAAUGAUUAUGUUGCAAGAAGUUAUCAAAGUCAUUAGAACUGAAAAACUUCUACAAUUAGUCGAAGAGACAGGAAAAUUUCUUAAAUGUGGUCUGCACGCUCUAGAAGCCCAAUUUCCCUUCAUGAUAAACAGCGUCCGUGGUCGAGGCACAUUUUUGGCAUUCGACGCCGCCACUCCGGAAUUAAGGGAUAAUAUUAUCAAAUAUUUGAGACAAAAUGGUGUGCUCGGAGGUGCGUGCGGUAUACGUUCAGUUCGUCUUCGACCGGCUCUUAUUUUCAAACAGAAGCACGCUGAACUCUUUUUGGAAAUACUUAAUAACACUUUGUGGCAACUUAAGUUUAGUUGCCGGUCCUGACACAAUUAUGUAGUCCAACCUAGACUAGGCUGAUUAAGUGUCUACAUCAAAUGAACAUCAGAUGGAGCAGGAUCUCCAAUAAUUAUUUUACAUUAUGCUCAAAUGGUUACUACGAAUGAAAGUAAUAGAUGUGGUCUCAUCUUUUUAACCAAAUCAUUCUGAAAAUAUAUUAAGCACCAAAAUAAAUAAAACAAUGAAUCUUUUAGGAAAAAGUA